GACAGGCACUGCUCCCCCCUAGCAGGACCCAGGUGUGGCCGGCGCGAUGGCGGGAGCGUCCGUGAAGGUGGCAGUGCGAGUCCGGCCCUUCAACUCCCGGGAGAUGAGCCGGGAAUCAAAAUGCAUCAUCCAGAUGUCGGGGAGCACCACCACUAUCCUGAACCCAAAACAGCCCAAAGAGACACCCAAAAGCUUCAGCUUUGACUAUUCCUACUGGUCCCACACUACGCCUGCAGACAUCAACUAUGCAUCCCAGAAGCAAGUGUACCGGGACAUUGGUGAGGAGAUGCUGCAGCAUGCCUUUGAAGGCUACAACGUGUGCAUCUUCGCCUAUGGGCAGACAGGAGCUGGAAAAUCCUACACCAUGAUGGGCAAACAGGAGAAGGACCAGCAAGGCAUCAUCCCACAGCUCUGCGAGGAUCUCUUCUCCCGCAUCAAUGACACGACGAAUGACAACAUGUCCUACUCUGUGGAGGUGAGCUACAUGGAGAUCUACUGCGAACGCGUGAGGGACCUGCUGAACCCCAAGAACAAGGGGAACCUGCGGGUGAGGGAGCAUCCCCUCAUGGGUCCAUAUGUUGAGGACCUUUCCAAGCUGGCUGUGACCUCCUACAAUGACAUUCAGGACCUUAUGGACUCUGGAAACAAAGCCCGCACAGUGGCUGCUACCAACAUGAAUGAGACCAGCAGCCGCUCCCACGCCGUGUUCAACAUCAUCUUCACGCAGAAGCGGCACGACGCCGAGACAGACAUCACCACUGAGAAGGUCAGCAAAAUCAGCUUGGUGGACCUGGCUGGGAGCGAGCGAGCUGAUUCCACAGGAGCCAAGGGCACAAGACUAAAGGAAGGAGCAAAUAUCAACAAGUCCUUGACCACUCUGGGAAAAGUCAUCUCUGCCCUGGCUGAAAUGGAUUCGGGGCCGAACAAGAACAAAAAGAAGAAAAAGACGGAUUUCAUCCCGUACCGAGACUCGGUGCUGACCUGGCUGCUGCGGGAGAACCUGGGAGGCAACUCCAGAACUGCCAUGGUCGCUGCUCUCAGUCCUGCUGACAUCAACUACGAUGAGACCCUCAGCACCCUCAGGUACGCUGACCGUGCCAAGCAGAUCCGCUGCAAUGCUGUCAUCAACGAGGAUCCCAACAACAAGCUCAUCCGGGAGCUGAAGGAUGAGGUGGCACGUCUGCGUGACCUUCUCUAUGCCCAGGGCCUUGGGGACAUCAUUGACAUGACCAAUGCCAUCGCUGGGAUCAGCCCCUCUUCCUCCCUCUCUGCCUUGUCCAGCCGCGCUGCCUCGGUCGCCAGCCUCCACGAGCGCAUCAUGUUUGCUCCGGGCAGCGAGGAGGCAAUUGAAAGGCUCAAGGAAACAGAGAAGAUCAUUGCAGAGCUGAAUGAGACGUGGGAGGAGAAGCUGCGGAGGACAGAAGCCAUCCGGAUGGAGAGGGAAGCGUUGCUGGCCGAAAUGGGAGUGGCCAUGAGGGAGGAUGGAGGCACCUUGGGUGUUUUUUCUCCUAAAAAGACACCGCACUUGGUCAACCUGAAUGAGGACCCGCUCAUGUCCGAGUGUCUUCUCUACUACAUCAAGGAUGGGAUAACAAGGGUUGGCCGGGAAGAUGCUGAGAAGAGGCAGGACAUCGUUCUGAGCGGGCACUUCAUUAAAGAAGAGCACUGCCUGUUCCGCAGCGACACCAAAACUGGUGGUGAAGUGAUAGUGACCCUGGAGCCCUGUGAAGGUGCUGACACCUAUGUGAACGGCAAAAAGGUGACAGAGCCCAGCAUCCUGCGCUCAGGGAACCGCAUCAUCAUGGGCAAGAGCCACGUGUUCCGCUUCAACCACCCCGAGCAGGCUCGGCAGGAGCGGGAGCGGACGCCGUGUGCCGAGACCCCCGCAGAGCCUGUGGACUGGGCCUUUGCCCAGAGAGAGCUGCUGGAGAAGCAAGGCAUCGACAUGAAACAGGAGAUGGAGCAGCGGCUCCAGGAGCUGGAGGACCAGUACCGGAGGGAGAGGGAAGAGGCAAAUUACCUCCUGGAGCAGCAGAGGCUGGACUAUGAGAGCAAACUGGAGGCUCUGCAGAAGCAGAUGGAUUCUAGGUAUUAUCCUGAGGCAAAUGAGGAGGAGGAAGAACCUGAGGAUGAAGUGCAGUGGACAGAGCGGGAAUUUGAGCUCGCCCUCUGGGCCUUCAGGAAGUGGAAGUGGUACCAGUUCACCUCCCUCCGUGACCUGCUCUGGGGCAACGCUAUCUUCCUCAAGGAAGCCAAUGCCAUCAGCGUGGAGCUGAAAAAGAAGGUCCAGUUCCAGUUUGUGCUCCUGACAGACACGCUGUACUCACCUCUCCCUCCCGACCUGCUGCCCCCCGAUGCUGCCAAGGACCGGGAGAAGCGGCCGUUCCCCCGCACCAUUGUGGCUGUGGAGGUGCAGGACCAGAAGAACGGGGCAACACAUUACUGGACCCUGGAGAAGCUGAGGCAGCGCCUGGACCUGAUGCGUGAGAUGUAUGACCGAGCAGCAGAAGUGCCUUCCAGCGUCAUUGAGGACUGUGACAAUGUGGUGACUGGCGGAGACCCUUUCUACGACCGCUUUCCCUGGUUCAGGCUGGUGGGCAGUUCAGAUAUCUCUGGCUGCAACAGCUCUCCUCUUUUCAACACAUGCAUGAGCGAGCGCAUGGCUGAUCUCACCCCCUCCCCUACCUUCUCGAACCCCGACUCCGACAUCACCGAGCCUGCUGACGAGCAGCACCAGGGGCAGGAGGAGGAGGAGGAGGAGGAGGAGGAGGACCUGGAGGAAGACAUCUUUCCGGAGUGCCCGCUGUGUGAUGGCCGGGAUCCAUUUUACGACCGCUUCCCCCUGUUCAGUUUAGUAGGAAGGGCCUUUGUCUACCUGAGCAACCUCCUCUACCCCGUGCCCCUGGUGCACCGCGUGGCCAUCGUCAGCGAGAAGGGCGAGGUGAAGGGAUUCCUGCGUGUGGCUGUCCAGGCCAUCUCAGCGGAUGAAGAAGCCCCUGACUAUGGCUCUGGUGUGCGGCAGUCGGGGACAGCCAAGAUCUCCUUUGAUGACCAGCACUUUGAGAAGUUCCAGUCAGAGUCGUGCCCAGCUGUCGGGAUGUCUCGCUCGGGGACCUCUCAGGAGGAGCUGCGCAUUGUGGAAGGUCAGGGCCAGGUCAGCGACGUGGGGCCAUCUGCUGAUGAAGUCAACAACAACACGUGUGCAGUGACCCCAGAGGAUCUUCUUCUGGACAGUCCUGAGAAGCCUGCAUCGGACGGGCCACUGGAGGUGGCUUUGGACCACCUGAAGCUGGGCAGCAUCUUCACUUUCCGUGUGACGGUCCUGCAAGCCUCCAGCAUCUCCGCAGAAUACGCUGACAUCUUCUGCCAGUUCAACUUCAUCCACCGCCACGAUGAGGCCUUUUCAACAGAACCCUUGAAGAACACAGGACGAGGGCCACCCCUGGGCUUCUACCAUGUCCAAAAUAUCGCUGUGGAGGUGACAAAAUCUUUCAUUGAAUACAUCAAGAGCCAGCCAAUUGUGUUUGAGGUGUUUGGCCAUUACCAGCAGCACCCCUUCCCACCUCUCUGCAAGGAUGUCCUGAGCCCACUGAGGCCAUCCCGACGCCACUUCCCCCGUGUGAUGCCACUCUCCAAACCAGUGCCUGCAACAAAGCUGAGCACCAUGACUCGGCCCACUGCUGGCCCCUGCCAGUGCAAGUAUGACCUGAUGGUCUUCUUUGAGAUCUGUGAGCUGGAGGCCAAUGGAGACUACAUCCCUGCUGUUGUGGACCACCGUGGAGGCAUGCCAUGCCAUGGGACCUUCCUCCUUCAUCAGGGCAUCCAGAGGAGAAUCAGUGUCACCUUGGUGCAUGAAACGGGAAGCCUCAUCCGCUGGAAGGAAGUACGGGAACUGGUUGUGGGUCGAAUCCGGAACACCCCAGAAGCAGACGAGUCACUCAUUGACCCCAACAUUCUGUCCCUGAACAUCCUCUCCUCUGGCUACAUCCACCCCUCCCAGGAUGACCGGACUUUCUACCAGUUUGAGGCGGCGUGGGAUAGCUCCAUGCACAACUCACUGCUGCUCAAUCGUGUUACCCCUUACCGGGAGAAGAUCUACAUCACCCUGUCAGCUUACAUCGAGAUGGAGAACUGCACUCAGCCCGCCGUCAUCACCAAAGACUUCUGCAUGGUUUUCUACUCCCGGGAUGCCAAACUUCCUGCCUCACGCUCCAUCCGCAAUCUUUUUGGCAGCGGCAGCCUGCGGGCUUCUGAGAGCAACCGCGUGACAGGAGUCUACGAGCUCAGCCUGUGCCGCGUGGCUGAUGCCGGCAGCCCAGGCAUGCAGAGAAGGCGCCGGCGCGUGCUGGACACCUCUGUAGCCUAUGUCCGGGGAGAGGAGAACCUGGCUGGCUGGCGGCCCCGCAGUGACAGCCUUAUCCUUGACCAUCAGUGGGAGCUGGAGAAACUCAGCCUUCUGCAAGAAGUGGAGAAGACAAGACACUACCUGUUACUGCGUGAGAAGCUGGAGACAACCCAGCGCCUGGGCAUGGAGACCCUGUCCCCCUGCUCCAGUGAGGAUUCCGAGUCCCGAAGCACUUCCUGCAUCUCCUCCCCGCUCUCUGCUGAUGGGGCACCUGAAGGCCGGACCUCUCCCCCUGAGACCCCCAGCGAGAGGCAGAAGGAGCUGGCUGUCAAGUGCUUGCGCUUGCUCACGCACACCUUCAACAGGGAGUACAGCCACAGCCACGUCUGCAUUAGCGCCAGUGAGAGCAAGCUGUCUGAAAUGUCCGUGACCUUGAUGAGAGACCCUUCCAUGCCAGCUCUUGGGGUCACCACUCUCACCCCCUCCUCGACCUGUCCAUCACUGGUGGAAGGAUGUUACAAUGCCAUGGAAGUCAGACCCCCCCAGGUUUCCUCCAGGGCAGAGAGCCCCGAUCUGGAGCCUGUGGUGGAAGGAGAGCAGAAGAAGUCCCCAGCCCGCCGGCCUGAGGAGGAGAAGGAGCCCCAGCGGUUGCUGGUGCCCGACAUCCAGGAGAUUCGAGUCAGUCCCAUCGUCUCCAAAAAGGGCUACCUGCACUUCCUGGAGCCUCACACCAACGGAUGGGUGAAACGCUUUGUGGUGGUCCGGCGUCCCUACGUCUAUAUCUACAACUCAGACAAGGAUGCAGUCGAAAGGGCCAUCCUCAACCUCUCCAAGGCCCAGGUGGAGUACAGUGAGGACCAGCAGGCCAUGCUCAAGACCCCGAACACAUUUGCGGUGUGCACAGAGCACCGGGGCAUCCUGCUGCAGGCGAGCAGUGACAAAGACAUGCACGACUGGCUCUACGCUUUCAACCCUCUCCUGGCUGGAUCCAUAAGAUCCAAGCUGUCCAGAAGAAGAACAGCCCAGAUGAGAAUCUAACCUGAAAAACACCCUCCACCUCAUCCGUCUGCCAACAGGAUCAAGAUAGCUGAUUCUGUCUGAAGACUCCCCAUGUUAAUAUCUGAUCUUUCACACCAUCUGCUGCCCCAGCUCUCUGCUCCAUGGAAGGAUCUGUCUUGAUUCACAGCUUCACAGGGGAAACUCACUUCUGUUUGUAGCUGCAAAAGCCUGGACCCGCCUGGGCAGGAUUCCUUGUGCACGUGCCAUCUUCUGCCUGUCCCUCCGUGGGUGACCUUCAUAUCACACCAUCUAACGUUCCAAAAAAGGUCCCUAUCAGAGGGGAGGGAGUGAGAAGGGUGGUUUUGGCUAAAAGCUGGUCUUUGAUCUAGAGAGAUGGGAAUGCAGUAAAGCUCAGAGCUGGGAGAGCAGGAGGAAUUGCCCUCAGGCGAAAGGAAAGUGGUAAUUUAGAUGUGGGGUUUCCCUAAUUUACCGGUGUUUCUGCAAGAGACAGCAGAGUAAGAUCAGGUGUCAGUACCUUAAGAUUAUAUUUAUAAAGUAUUUAUUUCUAUUUACAUCACAAAAAUCCCCUAAGUUG